AUGGAUACUGUAUUCCGCUUAUUUCCUUCUUUGGCGAAAAAUUUGGCUAGCAAUUGGAAAACCAUUGUUUACCGGUGGCACGCUCUUUCACGCGCGAAAUCCAUCGCUAAUGUCUUGGAGACGUCGAUCGCGGUUCAAGCUGAUUUCCGCGCCCAUGGCAUCAGUGCAUCAUUUUCGAAGAAAGAGAUUCUCACCAUCGUGUUUCUCGUCCUACCUGCUUUAAGUCUUUGGAAUUCGGCUUUUGAAUUUGUCUCGAAACCUCCGUUGGAUGCUGUCAUGGUAGUGAUGGAGACGUGCCCGUACUUACAUCCAGUGCCUCUCUCGAUUUUGAUGCUGCGACUGUUAUCCUUCAUGACUAAGGGACUAGAAUCCGUGUUCGUGCAACUCGAGUCUUUGACAAAUGUUCAUCAUCCUGAUGGUGAACGCUUGAAGGCGGUGCGAAGACGCGCAUUUGCUUCGUAUAGAAGCGUGAUGCUCCUCUGCGAAUCUUUCAAAAACGCUUUCGGAUUCAUCACGGCGGCGCUUUUCUUGGAACAUUUCAUGGGCGUGUUGUUGCUCUCAUUCACUGUCACGAGCAGUUUCAUGAAUCAAUCAGUAAAUGAAGAUGACCCUCCAUUAGUGGUAAUGACGUUUGGAAUUUGUUUGGACAUAACGUUGAUGGUGCUCCUGUGUUCCGCCGGACAAUCGAUCAUCGAUCAGGACGAUAAAAUUAGAAUGUGCAUCAGGGACAUGCAGCAGUCGCCCAUUUCCCCGGAAAUUCAAUUCUUGAAAGUUCCUUCGCUUUCCGGUGAAUUCGAAGUUGGAGCGAAUUCCUUAGAUCGGAUCCUGUUGUGCAAAGGAGCAUCUGUCACAGCUGACGACUAUUUCGAGUUGAAAAACAGUAACGUUCCAAACGCAAGUCGAUCUAUUUUUGGUCUCCUGUUCACGUAUUUAAUCAUAGUGGUGCAAUUCAAGAUGGACGAGAAACGGCCGUGAUGCUGAUGUUAUUCAUGAACGCGCGACGACGACAACCGCAAGAGACGACAGAAAAAUUUCCAACUUGUUGUCUACCAUCGCAUCCUUGUCCGGACUUAAGGAAUACAUGUCCCAUUCUUCCUGUCUCCAGUGCUGGCGAAGAGGAGAGUCCUGACAAACCGGAAGAUGAACUUCCGUGUUGCAGAGUUGCCAUCGACGCAAGAGGCUUUUUCAUAGUCUGUCACACUGAAUUUUGUGACGCUGCGCAGAACAUUGAAACCUUACCACAAGACUUCGAAGUAGCCUCAUGCUGUCACACCCACGAAGAUGGACAUGUCGCUUGUGACCAGUAUUCCUGCAUGAUUUCACCAAGGAUGGGUGAACCCGAUUUGAAAGGACCAAAGAUUCCCAUGGGGGAAUUGGAAAACGGGGUCGCUCACUUGCACAAGUGUUGCUUCCCCUCAUGUGCCAUGCUUGGGUGCAUUCCGAGUUGUUCGUACCCAUGCGGCGUUUGAUCCCAGAAAGAGAACCCAAGCAUGGAUACCGACCAAGAAAAUCCACAGGUGCAUGACAAAACCAACAUCUUAUGACUGAAUGUCCGAACUGUCGUCGACUCUCCUGUAUAUUCAACUGAAAAUAUCUGUUUUACCAAAUCCGCCGCAUGAAGAUUUACUCUCACAAUAUCUGGACAUUCCUUGUGCAAGAAAAUAAAUUCUUGAAGAAAAUGUAGCUCUCUUAAAAUUUACGAGAA